UUGUUGGCCAAUAGCAUGCCGUCGCUGCAGGAAGCCGGAGCCGGCUCCAGCGGAGCUGGCUCCGCUAGCGGAGUCGCUCCGCCGUUCUCGAGACUGACGCGUGGCGGUAAGCCGACGUUCAUUCGAUUCGGUAAAAGGUCCAGCGGAUGGCAGCAAAGUGCUUCGGCGAAGUCGAAUUGA